AUGGGUACGGAUUUUCAUUUGUUCAAGGAGGGCAUCGAGCCAAAGUGGGAAGAUGAGACAUGCGCAAAAGGUGGCAAAUGGACAUAUUAUGUCCCAAAGCAGAAAGAUGGGGAAGAGCUUGACGAAAGUUGGUUGAAUCUUCUUUUGUGUAUGAUUGGCGAGCAAUUCAGUGAAACCACCGAAGUUUGCGGAGCCGUCAUCAGUGUGCGGCAGAAGCAGCAUCGAAUCGCCUUGUGGACAAAGACAGCGUCAAGCGAACCUGAACAGGUAGCUAUUGGUCGACAUUUGAAAGACAUUUUGGACAUCCCUGAAAGUGAGAAAAUCGGGUACAUGGUACACGAUGAUGCCAUUCGACUGGAGCGUAGGGCAAAGGAUCGGUACACCGUUUGA